CUCUUUUCUACUUUCUUUAUAUACAUAUAUACAUAUAUAUACAUAUAUAUACAUAUAUUUAUUAUACCAAAUGAGUGUUUCCGUCUUUCUUGAUACCUUAAGAAAACACGACCUUGACCAGUUUUAUUCUAGUUUUUCUACACACGGCAUUACUCACCUUCAAAGUUUGGCUCAACUUUCUUUACAAGACUAUUCUAGAUUAGGCAUAACAGAUACAGUCGACAGAAGAAAGAUUUUUGGUCUAGUACAGGCCAUUCGAAAAGAUACAGAUAACCUCACUAGAGGAGCAACCAUGGUUCCUUCAGUUUCUACCUUAAACAGUGGACUUCGUCAGCCUCAAACUUACCCAAAUAGUGGUACAACAACAAUAACAACAACAACAACAAGGCUACCUCAACCAGAUAGUUUCCCAAACAACAACAACAACAAUCGUGGUAGAAGACAAAGUGUGAUAGGAUCCAACCUAAAAUCACCUCAAGUCAACGCAACCUCACUCGAAAGACCUACUCGAAGCCGCACCAUGUCAGAUGCUCCUCGUCCUGAUUUUUCAAACACAAAACCAUUCUCCAAAGACCGCCGCAUAGGGUUACGCCGAUCACUCUAUCUGGAUCAACCACCCAUGCCACCUCAACUAAGUUCAGACGACGACAAUGAAGAUGAAGAAGAGGAAGAAGAAAACAAGCGAAAAAUCCGUGUUUCUGCACCUCUUUUAGAUGCUUAUGGUGUCCCACUUUCACCUGCAAGAGCACAGAGAGCAUUGAUGAACACACGUUAUGACUUACCACCUAGUGAUCUAAAUCAAAAGAUUCGUGUGUGCGUGCGAAAAAGACCGUUGAGUAGAAAAGAGAUUGAUAAAGGUGAUAAAGAUAUGGCGCCCACAUUGGGUACUCGAAGUCUACAAAUUAAUGAACCCAAGUUAAGGUUGGAUUUAACAAAAUACACAGAUCAACACACAUUUACUUUUGACGAUGUGUUUGAUCUCAAUUGUGCAAAUUCAAUCGUCUAUGAAAGAACAGCACUUCCACUUGUCAACUAUAUCUUCAAAGGAGGGAAAGCAACUUGUUUCGCCUACGGACAAACAGGCUCUGGUAAAACCUAUACCAUGCUAGAUCCUAAUAAUGGUCUUUAUAUUUUGGCCGCUCGUGAUAUUUUUUCCAUGCUUCGUAAACCAGAAAAUCAGCAUUUGACUGCUUGGAUUGGUUUAUACGAAAUAUACCAAGGACAACUUUACGAUUUAUUGAACGAGAGAAGAAAAUUGUUUGCUCGAGAAGAUGGUAAAAACAAUGUCAUCAUUUCUGGACUCAAGGAAUACCCGAUUGAUAAUGUUGACAAGCUAAUCCAAGUGUUUGAAUAUGGCAGCAGUGUUCGUAGUACAGGCAGCACAGGUGCUAAUGAUAGUUCAUCCCGUUCUCAUGCUGUACUUCAAAUCUUACUUAAAUACAAGACAAACAAGAAAAAGAUACAUGGCAAAAUGAGUUUUAUUGAUUUAGCUGGCUCAGAAAGAGGUGCUGAUCGAGGCGAAGCAGACACAAAGACAAGAAUGGAAGGUGCAGAGAUCAACAAGAGUUUACUUGCCUUGAAAGAAUGUAUUCGUGCCUUGGAUCAAGACAAGCGACACACACCAUUCAGACAGAGUAAACUGACUCAAGUGUUGAAAGAUUCUUUUGUUGGUAAUUCCCGAACUUGUAUGAUUGCCACUAUAUCUCCUGGUGGAUCCAACAGUGAACAUACCCUAAAUACCUUAAGAUAUGCAGACAGAGUCAAAGAAUUGAAAGGAGAAAGAGACAAGAGAAUGCAAAUGGAAAGAAACCCAAGUGGCUCUGGCAGUAGUGUGAAUGAACAAACACAACAACAUCAACAACAAUCAGAAGAAGACGAAUUAGAAGACGACGAGGAUGACACCUUCUUACAAGACGAUGAAGAUGAAGAAUACUUUAGUAAUGAAUCUGAUAUCUUGGACGACGAUACAUUCAAUAUUGACCAAGAAAACAUUUUUGAUGUUGAUUUCCCUCAUGAACAAGACGCUUUGAUUCAUUCCAACUUUCAUAAUAAUAAUAAUAACAAUAACAAUAAUAACAAUAAUAACAAUAACAACAGUGCAACCACAGCAUCACCUCAAAAAUCACCUUCACUUAGGUAUGGCAUGGUGAGUGCAGCUUCUGUUGCUUCAUCACCCGAAGACUCUGUCUUUAGCAGUAACAAACCACAACGACCUAACUCAAUGUCGCCUUAUUCAAGCUUAUUGAAUGAACCGUCUUCUACAGCUAUGGGUCGACCUUUAUCAUUACAAAUGAAGCGCUCUUCAUCUACAAUACCUCGCUCUUUUUCCAUGUACACACCACCAAGGGCCUCUAUGACAGACGAUUUCGCACGUCCUACUCAACAACAAUCAUUUAUGACGAUUGAUACAUCCAACUUACCACAAUACCGUCAACCCAAGACAGCAGACACUGUCUCCUCACUCACAGGCGUACCUUCAUUUAGCUAUGAAAAAAUGGACGAGUUUGUCAAGUUCCAUCGAGCAGAAAUACGUGAAAUCACAGACUGUACAAAGAAAGAAACCAAACUGGUAGCCAAUAUUUCUCUUGACCUUUCUUCAAAUCAAGAAGACGGUCAACAAAAAGACAGCAAAAGUCAAUCUCAAUUCCAUAAAUACUUGCGUGACUUAGAUGAAAUUUUGGAGCGAAAACUGGCUGCAGUGGAAGCCUUAAGAGAUCGCAUUAAUGAAACUGUUUGUCAAAUUGAAUUAUAAGCU